AUGGCUCCUUCUUUGCCACCAAAUCCACCUGCAUUAUGGAAACCUCAUGAAAGCCCUUAUUUUACAAUUAGUUGUGAUGCCUCUUUUGAUAUAAACAAUGGUCUAACAGGUGUUGGUUUGAUCUUGCGUGAUUUUGCAGGAAACUGGAAGAGAUGCUUCGCAAAGUCAUAUGCAGGAGUAGCUGAUUCAGAAAGAGCAGAAUGUCUAUCCAUGUACGAUGCAGUGGUUUGGUGUAGGGAAAUGCGAAUAUCUCAUGAUAUGUUUGAGACAGACUUACAAACUAUUGACGGUUUCAUUAACAACUCUUCAUCAGCUAUUGUAUGGGAAAAUGAGGAUAUUCUGCACGAUGUAAUUCACAUUAUGAAGGGUUUUCCUGAUUGGAAAUGUCGUUUUAUUCCUAGGAAAUGUAAUAAACCUGCAGAUGAACUUGCUAAGUUCGGCAAGAAGUUUAAUGUCACACAUGUUUGGCACGAUAAGCCUCCUAGUGUUAUUGAGAACCUUCUAUUGUUAGAUAGUAUUUAUUCUCGAUAUUAA